ACAGACAAACCAGAGAGGGAGCUGAAAACGACACAACAAUGACUCCUGCCUUCAAUGUUGCAUUUCUCCUGCUCUCUACAAGUAAGAAAUAAAAAUAUGUCCACCAGAUAAAAGAUGGGUUUUUAUAAAUGUAGACUGUUUAUCUUUCAGUUGUUGCAGUGGAAGUCCGCCCUGACAAGGACUUCAGGUUGAAACAGAAGGGAGCAACCCAACACUCGGGGGAGGUGAGAUAAUAUGACACACUCACACAUCCUAACGAUACACUGAACCAUGAACAUUAAAAUAAUUUUACUCGUCAAAGAGGUAUUUAAAUUACAAACUUAAUUUGCAUCAGGAAUUGAAAGAUGAAGCUUUGCAAGAUCUGUGUAAAGGCUGUAAAUCACUCGUCACCAAGGUGAAGGAAAAGAUGGGCGACAAAGCCUCCAAGGUAAAAAAAAAAAUGAAUGAAUUAAAAGACUCUUUUAUGACAAACAUUGAUGUUAUUUCUGUAACCUUAAAUUAUCCAUUUGGUACCAUGCAUACUGAAAACCUUCAAAUUGCAUGUAAAAACAAGCUUCACAUAUCAAAGCUUCAUGUGUCGCUGUAUUGAUCUGAUUUGAAGGCUAAAAUUGCAAAGCUGGUGGAGGAAGUCUGCAGCAAAGAGAAAGAUGAACCAGUGAAGGCUGCCUGCCAGAAGAUCAUCGAGCAGGUCAAAGAUCAGCUCUGUGAGGCUGUGGCUAAAGGAGACGAUCCUAAAACUGCGUGCAAGAGAGUGAAACUCUGCAAAAAGAAACCACCUCCUUAUCUUUAAUCUCCUAUGUUUGUACAAGUCAUGUUUCAAAUGUUUGAUUACAAUCAUGAGACUUCUGUGUGCUGUCCUUUUUUCUCCCUCUUUAAUAAAGAUUUUUUAAAGCAGUU